CAAAUCACACGUGGCGAUCUCUCCCUGGGUCCUUCUCUCUUCAACAACAGUGACGCCGCUCUAAGCAUGUUCCCGAGACGAUCAAAUCCAAUGCGAAAGAAGUUGUAUUUGGUCAUCACACGCCGUAAAUUCUGCUGAUGCUUAUUGUCAUAUACCUCCAAAAGCUUGUUCCCUUCUUCACCUCUUCAUUGGGUCGGAGAAGAACAGAAAAAGCCAGUAGGGUUUCUGGGUUGGACAAGAACGGGAAAGAUCAGCUUCGAAUCGGGAAUUAGGGUUCUUGUUUCUUGAUACACGCACAUAUAUAUGGAGAGGUAUGAGAUAGUGAAGGAUCUUGGGUCGGGGAAUUUCGGGGUGGCGAAGCUGGUUCGAGACAAAUGGUCCAAGGAGCUUCUCGCUGUGAAGUUCAUCGAGAGAGGCCUAAAGAGGGAGAUCAUGAACCACAGAACGCUGAAGCACCCGAAUAUUAUAAGAUUCAAAGAGGAAGGAAUCUGAUGGAAAAGCAGGUGAGGUUGACGGCAACACACUUGGCGAUAGUAAUGGAAUACGCGGAGGGAGGAGAACUGUUCGAAAGAAUCUGCAGCGCCGGCCGAUUCAGUGAAGACGAGGCGAGGUUCUUCUUCCAGCAGCUCGUGUCCGGAGUCAGUUACUGUCACUCUCUGCAAAUCUGCCACAGAGAUUUGAAGCUCGAGAAUACGCUGUUAGAUGGCAGCGCAGCUCCACGUGUGAAGAUCUGCGAUUUCGGAUACUCAAAGUCGGGGGUACUCCAUUCGCAACCAAAAUCGACAGUAGGAACACCUGCGUAUAUAGCACCUGAAGUCCUCUCCAAGAAAGAGUAUGAUGGCAAGGUAGCAGAUGUAUGGUCAUGUGGUGUCACCCUAUACGUAAUGCUUGUAGGAGCUUACCCUUUUGAAGAUCCUUCUGAUCCAAGAAACUUCCGCAAGACAAUCGCGAGAAUAAUGAGCUCCCAGUACUCGUUUCCUGAUUACGUCCGAGUUUCGGAGGGAUGCAAGCAUCUUCUCUCUCGCAUCUUCGUAGCGAACCCUGACAAGAGAAUAACGAUGCAAGAGAUAAAGAGAGACGAAUGGUUUCUGAAGAACUUGCCGGUGGAGAUGUGGGAAGGAGGGAGUUGGCAGAUCUGCAGCGACGUGAACGAGCCCUCCCAGACGGUGGAAGAGAUUUUGUCCAUCAUUCAGGAAGCUCGACAAUCCGGCGGAGGAGCUUCCGAUUCCACCGGAGGCUCAGGCUCAGGCUCCGGCGGCAUCGGAAGCAACAGUAUGGAUCUCGACGACUUCGACGCUUACUCCGAUGACAUCGACACCAGCGGCGAUUUCGUAUGCCCCAUGUGAUUUUAUAUAUAGAUAUAUUUUGUCUGGUGAAUGUUCGUAUAAGGUGCAAAAUAAUAAACGAAGGCGAGUAAUCCCCAAAGAAAAUUUCUUGAGGUUUGAUUCUAAAUUCGGAAUCUUAGAUA